UGAAGUGUCGGUACCUCAUGGCUGCGAGUCGAGUGAAUUGUUUGUCAGUUUCGGGGAUUCUCUGUGUUAUGAUACUGUUAUCACGAGGAGACAAUGUUCGAAAUUCUUUAAAAGAAGACCUCUUGCAGCCAUACCCCCAGUCCCAGAGACACGGGCCUUCCCAUUCGCAUCGGUUUGUGAGGGACUGUCAGUACGUCAGGUUUGGGAACGUCACUCAUGAAACCUGGAGAGGUAGCCAUGACACAGGAUUGCCCGUGGCUGAAUCAAAGAUAUUCAUUUCAGCCAUAUCCUCUGACUUUGGAAAGCCCAGGUGGGUCACUGGCCACAUGACCUUUGUUAAGAACCCUCUGCGGACGUUUUCGGUCCUGGAACCGGGUGGACCAGGAGGCUGUGAGAGUCGCCGCAGGGAGACGGUGGAACAGACUUCCAGACCAAAGAAGUGCCUCUUUGCCCAAAAUGGCGGUUAUUUCAACACGAAGACUGGGGAGUGCCUGGGGAAUGUGGUGAGCGAUGGGACUCUGGUGAAAGACAGCAAGGGCGUACAGAACGCUCAGUUUGGGAUCAGGAAGGAUGGGACAUUAGUUUUCGGCUACCUGUCCGAGGAAGACGUGCUCGACAAGGUCAACCCCUUCGUGCAGUUAGUCAGCGGGGUGGUGUGGCUUCUGAGGAAUGGAGAGCCCUACAUCAACGAGAGCAUGGCGGCGGAGUGUGAAGAGACUCAGGAAACAGGGCAUUUCCAUAGAUUUGUUAAUGCCAUGUCUGCAAGGACAGCCGUGGGACAUGAUGCAGGAGGGAGGGUGAUUCUCUUCCAUAUUGAUGGGCAGACGGAAAUCAGAGGGAUGAAUCUGUGGGAGGUGGCAGACUUCCUGAAGAAACAGGGUGUUAUUAAUGCCAUAAAUCUAGAUGGGGGGGGCUCUUCUACUUAUGUUGUCAAUGGAUCGCUGGCAAGUUACCCUUCAGAUCACAGUGCCAGAGAUAACAUGUGGCGGGUCGCGCGUAAUGUGUCCACGGUGCUGUGUGUGCAUGAGCCCUGGUGUGAGCCGGAGGACUGCAGCGGCCACGGGGAGUGUGUGGAGGGGGAGUGCGUGUGCCACGCGGGGUGGAGAGGUCCCACCUGCAGCAACCUGACCUGCCAGGCCCCCUCCUGUGGCGACCACGGGCUCUGCAGUCAGUAUGGGUGCAUCUGUGACGCUGGCUGGAAGGGGAGCAACUGCAGUGAAGAGUGCGAGCCCGGUUUCUACGGUGACGGCUGUAACCAGACCUGUGCGUGUUUGAACGGGGGGGUAUGUGACUCAGUACACGGCGGCUGCACCUGUCCCGCUGGCUUCCAUGGGGUCUCCUGUGAGCAAGCAUGCCCUGUAGGCUUCUAUGGGCUGAGCUGUGAGCAGGAGUGCCGGUGUCAGGACAUGUGCCCUUGUGACCCAGUAACAGGAGCGUGCAACAUCACCUACACUUGGAAGGUGAACAGCAGCAUGCACAGAGCUGGCCACUGUUUGGCUACCAGGAUGUUUAAAAGUUGGAAAGAGGAGGAAACUGCUCACAAACCCAGGUCUUAUUUUGCAGAAUCUACAUGGAUGGUCAUCACUUCCGUUCUCAGCACUCUGCUCCUGGCCAGUACCGUCUGUAACCUGAUCCAAAGAUCCCGAAGCUCUGGAGCCCUUCUGCAUAAGAAUGAUUACUCCUACGUGCCCCUGACGGAGGUGAACAGAAGGCUGAGCUUGGAGGACCUAACUGAACCGGCUUCACUGAUGAACAACGGCAAGGGAAGGCUGCAGCAGAAUGACUCUGACUCUCAGGACUCAUCCUGACUGACACCAAGAGGGUAGGUGGUGACCUCCUUCUUGGUGAUUUUUUCAGAAAGUGGACAGCAGGCUUGGCUGGCGUUUCCAGGACUAAGUACCUGCGAAGUGGGGCGCAGUGACCUGCAGGUCACAGAGGACCCCGUAGAUGAACAUAUCAAACAUCCAGAUAUUGAGGGCCUGAAUACUGACUGUGGUCGUAUAAGAUAGCAUGGACAUAUUGCUAAGAGUAGGGGGUCCGCAGCGUCUAGGACAAAUUCCCAGUCUCAUUCCAGUCAUCAAAUCAUCCCCCGGUUUAAUUAGCUUAAUAAAUCCCUUCCCAAUUACCUCAGCUGAUGUGUGGUAAGCGUUGUAGCGCAAAAUGGUGGUUGUUCAUCUCCCAAGUAGGUGUUAGUGAUGGCUGAGGUGAGCAUCCCCUCCCCUCCCCCCAUACUGUAAAGCACUUUAAAUUACGCAGGAAUACAACUUAUUGCAUUUUAUCUACUAGAGAGAUUCUGUUGCUCUUCCUUAACACCACACAGUCCCACACUGUGAAGUCUUCUUUCUUUUUCAAAUAAUUCAUAUUCCAAAUUCAAAUUCUUGAUGCUGAUGUUACCUUCCAUUUCCUGUCUAAUUGUGAUGUCUUGAAUGUCUUAGCAUGGCUGACAGGGAAGGGUAGCCACUUUGUUCAGAAUAUUCGCUUAGUCAGGCCCUCUCUGGAGAUGCGCUGAAUAGCCAACAAGCCAUACCUCCUCCUGACCUUUUACUCUUGAGGACAGGCAGUGAAAUUAAAUGAAUACAUGAAUUUGUUCUGACUCAACAGAGACCAUUGUGGUGAUCUUUGUAGACACACUUUACUCAGAGAGGCUAUGAUGUUUUUUUUUUUUUCUUUCUUACAGUCAUGCUGUUUACCUAGCAGUAUGCUAUAGGUAAGGAUUGAUAUGAGAAAGGGUCUUUUUAUGUUGGCAGAGCUCUGAAUGCAUCAGAUUUCAGACUGCUGCCCUGCUAUGAUAUGAUCCAUAGCAGGGCAGCAGGGUUUCUGUUGCUACAGGAACAGACAAGGAUUGAACUUAACUGAAUAUGUGGUCCCUUUGGCCCAUGUAUGACGGAUAGAUGUCUGUUAUUGAUUUCAGUUCUGCUACACAAACCGCAAUAUACCGACUGUGUACCAUCUAAUGUGAAACAUUCACCACCAGUGAAGAAUUGACUUUGACAAGGAAUGCCAUAUUUUAUUAUUAUAUUAUUAUUAUAGCCAUAGAGUACGCACAAUGUUGUAUUUGAUUUUCUUGCUUAAGGGAAAACUCUGAUCAGAAAUGUAGGUUUUAUCUGUUUUAUGAUGUGUACCAACUGAUAACAUACCAAACUGCCCUUCUUCAGACUUUCUUCCUGUCACUGAUGUAAGUUGCAAGUUGUUUAGACAUCGAGUGAAAAGCAAGUCUCGUUUCAGUAUGUUACCUUAUAUGAAUGUCAUUUCUAGGUUAGAUUUAGUUUGGUUUUUUUUGUCUACAUCAUCUCUAAACAUAGCCAUCAUCAUCAUGUAGAACCUCUCACAGGGCAUUUUGAUACUUUUUUUCUUGAUGUCUUUAAGUGAUCAGAGUGAUAUCUGUGGAAGAAGCAGCUGCUGGAGAUGUUUUUUUUUUUUUUUUUUUUUUACCUUGUUCCUCAUUCACUCAAAUGAAAAG